GCUGAAUUAAACAUUCCAAAUACGAAAUAACGAUUUAAAAACAAUUGCUCUCAGUUUCAGAUUUAAAACAUGUCUUUAUUUACUGUCAUCUGUUGAGAAAAGUUAUAUGAAAAAUUGUCAGUAUAUUUAAAAACUUUCUAGAUGGCUGUAGAUGAUAGAUACUCUAUGUCAGCAGACAAAUACCUAGCUAAACAUAAUAUUCUGGUGUACUUAGAAGAUUCUGUAGCACAAUUGCUAGAACAUAAAGAAGAAAAUUCUAAAGUGAAUGCUGUCAAAUUUCUUAGUGACUAUUUUAGCAGUGUAAGAGAUGGUAACCAUACUAUGUUUAGAGAAUAUACUUUUAUACAUUCAACACCACAUAAUAGAGCAUCUUUUGUCAGAUUAUUCUGGAAAUGUUAUAGACAAAUAGGUAAAAAGGGAGAUCUGUUAAGUAUUCAAGAAUAUCAUUCCUUACUUGGUUUGAUUUGUCCUGAUUUUCCUUUUGAUAUUGUUAAAAAGACUGCCAAAAUAGUUUUGAUAGAUGAUGCUUUAGAUUGUCUCAUUUCAUUCACUGAUUUUGUUUAUGCAUUUCAAACACAACUAUAUUUUGAAGAAUUUGUAGAGAAAUGUUCAGGUAUAUAUCAGUCAUUACUACAGAGUUUUAGAAGCCCACGUGAACCAGUUGUGGUACCUACGUCUGGUCUAAAAGAGGACUCUGGUAUACAUCUUAAUAAUCAUCAACCUACAGAUGAUGUUGAUAGUAUGCAAUUUUUUAGAGCUAUAUACCCUAUCUGUGAUAAAAUACAGUUUAGUUCACCACCAAUAAGUUCAUUAAAAGAGAUAUUAUUUCAUAUUCCUAGAAUCUCAUUCUAUGGUUUUAUGAUUGCUAUAGCUAAAAGUGAAUCUAUUAAUUCUUCAAUAGGACGAUUGCCUCCGAAAAUAGAAUUAUUAGAAGGUGGAGAUACAGAGCUAACAUCGUCCAUAUCAAAGAAUGAGAGUCCAUCCAGAAGUAAUCCACCAUCUCGAAUUGGUACAGCACUAGUUAGACCAACAGUUCAUCUUCCACCACGCUCUAAAUCAGCUCAUGGUACCUCUAGUACUAGUAAUACUAAACUAUCACGUAAAAAACCUGCUGUAGUAUCUAGUUCAUCAGAGACUGAUAGUAGUACGGAAUCAUCAGACAGUAUUUAAUAGUACUAGUAAUACUAAACUAUCAUGUAAAAAACCUGCUGAAGUAUCUAGUUCAUCAGAAACUGAUACUAGUACGGAAUCACCAGACAGUAUUUAAUAGUACCAGUAAUACUAAACUAUCAUGUAAAAAACCUGCUGAAGUAUCUAGUUCAUCAGAGACUGAUAGUAGUACAGAAUCAUCAGACAGUAUUUAAUAGUACCAGUAAUACUAAACUAUCACGUAAAAAACCUGCUGUAGUAUCUAGUUCAUCAGAGACUGAUACUAGUACGGAAUCAUCAGACAGUAUUCAAUAGUACUAGUAAUACUAAACUAUUACUUAAUAAAACCUGCUGUAGUAUCUAGUUCAUCAGAGACUGAUACUAGUACGGAAUCAUCAGACAGUAUUUAAUAGUACUAGUAAUACUAAACUAUUACUUAAAAAACCUGCUGUAGUAUCUAGUUCAUCAGAGACUGAUACUAGUACGGAAUCAUCAGACAGUAUUUAAUAAAGCUGUAACCAGUUGACGUACAUGAAAGAUUUCCUCAAUAAUUCAUUUUGUCAUGAAACCGGUCACUGAUCUGCAUUUUUUAUUUAUGCAUUUAAGAAUAUUAAAUUUAUUUGUUAUAUUGUUAAUCAUUUAAUAAAUAUAUAUUAGCUUGGAAUAAUGAAAUGAAUGGAGUUUUACGUCCUACUUUUCUUUACCAUGUGGGCUAAUGAUGACAGGCAAUGCUAUGCAGGGUGCAAUAAGGGAAAGUUUGCCAGAUCAGCGGCAUUAGCCUGCUCUUUUUCGAUUUCCAACUGUCAAGGGAUCUUUAACGUGCACAGUCUGUAGUACACGGGGCCUCAGUUUAUUGUCCCAUCCAAACGACUAGAUGCCUUUUCAAUGUCAGUCCCUCCUACUUGCAUCACUGACAGAGAAACAGAGUUGCAAAAUCUGAAGGCAUCAUCUCAACCUAUGCUCUUGAUUGAACCCUAGUUAUAUGUUAACUUGGAGCUCUUGUAAUAAUCAUAGAACUGUAUUAACCAACACUUGUGAUAAGACACUUUAAGUUUGUGUUAAAAAAUGAAAAAA